AUGGAUCCAAGAUCGGAGGUUUACUCUGAAGAGUAUUUAAAUGCAUAUAUUGGCUACCGUCCGCUUGGAGUGGCGACAGCAAUGCUUCCCAUUGUCAUUAUCUUCUUAGCCCUGCGUUUCUACUCACGCCAUCUUACAAGAACACCAUGGGGUCUCGAUGAUUCCUUGGCUGCCAUGUCUGGAGUCGUAUCGGUCGGAUUAUCAGCUCUUGCAAUCUGUUUUGUAAAAUAUGGCGGUGUCGGUCGCCACCUUGCUGCGCUUGAGAGAGAAACCCCAAACAUGGCCCCGCAAUACUUCAAAUACCUCUUGGUUAUCUCAACCUACUACUAUACCACGGUCGCAAUCCCCAAGCUAGCCGUUCUAGCUCUAUACGGCCGCCUUUGGACAGUCAACCCAUACCGCACCAUAAUCUUGAUAUUGGCCGCAGUCAUCACCUUGACAGCAGUUGUUUCAGGCGUGAUGUGCCUGAACAUGUGCCAGCCAUUCAGACUGAAUUGGGAUACUUCGGUCCCUGGCCACUGUCUCAACAAGCAGGCAUUAUACUUGUGGGCAUCACUACCGAAUAUCCUCACCGACCUGGUCAUGCUCGCAAUGCCCAUACCUAUCGUUUACCACCUUAACGUCCCCAUGAAGGUCAAGCUGGGUCUCAUCUUGACGUUCGCAACUGGCCUCCUUGGUCUGGUAACUUCAAUCAUGCGCUUCGUCAUCUUCUCGGAAGGAAGCGCUGUUAAAGACGGUUCUUGGGGAUCAACGGAUCUUAUGGCUUGGAGUGUCGCCGAGCCGGACAUUUACCUCAUCAGCGCCUGUCUCCCCACUUUCCGUCCGAUCUUGAACAAAAUGUUCGGUCGGGCUGUCACGACACAAUCCUCAUCACGAUAUGCUGAGAGAUACAAAAAUAGCGGGGGAUCUACAGCUAAUUCCAAGGCACACGCCACCGUUUUGGAAUCUGCUCUAUAUGGAGACGAAGUUCAAUUGGUGUCUGUGAUCGGCAAGGAGAGAGAUUCAAAUCCCGAAGAUGGACUAGGCUUGGGAGGCAUUUAUGUACAACGAGAACUCAACGUGGAAGUCAGCAAACACUGA